AUGUCAUAUAAGAUGAAGUUUACAGAAUUUGUGAAAAGGUACCCCUACUACUCACGCUUCAGGUUCUCUGCCGACGAGCACGGCAAUGUGCAAUUCGUCUUCAAUGGGGACGAAUACGAUCCAUUCGACAAGAAUGGGAAUCUAGUCAAAACGUUAUAUCACUUCCCUGGUAAUAGCUGGAAACCUGAGAAUAUCCAGGAUUUUCUAGUCGCCGACGACACACAAGCAUACAAGGAAACGAUCCAGCAACUGUUUGGGUUCCCAAAACAAUACAGACUAGACGCGCGUGCAGAGUACAAGAUAUUGCCGUGGGACGAAAACCCUACGAGAAAUAAUUACGUCUCUUUUAAUGUUUUUAUAACACCAAAGGUGAAGACACACUUUGUUUUUAGGGACAUAUUCACCGACAGCUUGCUAGUAUUCAGAACAGCAAAGGAGGCUAGUAGGUGGCUCGACGCCUCGAACCUCAGUUAUUGGAGUCAAGCCUUAAAUUUUGCUAUGUUUUGCGCGACUGCUGGAUGUGGUGUGACGCGUGACAUGAUUGACGACUCUCAAGUGGGGUCAUUCUACAGAUUUCACAUCAUUUUCACUAUCAGACGAAUAUUAAACGAGCUACAAUGCCCUCUUCCAAAAGAUAGGCUCUUUAGUUGGAAUAAAAACUUCUACAGCGAAGCAGCUUACCAAAAAUUAAGGACAGAAUUCCGAACUGGUGACGAUUUCCGGUUCCUCGGACCGAUAAAUCAUGGGUUAGGGAACGUUUAUAAUUAUGAUUAUCACGGCUUGUCAUCUUCUAACGACAAGUAUAAGCCUUAUGGCACCAUUGAUCAAUUACACGACGAAUGGGACGCUGCCAAAAGCGACCACGAACACAUGAAUCACUUUGAGAUCGAGUACCUGAAAGACCCUAGAACCGAGUUUCAGUACGAGUGGUUCUUUCCAGAAAAAUCAAUGGGACUAACCAAAGCUGGGUUGUCUAGGAUAAACCAGAGCAUCGAAGCCUUUGUUUAUUGUAUUCUAGGCGCACAAGUUCAAACCCGAUCGUCAAUCGUCGGCGAUAGCGGUUCAGCCCAAGAAACGAAACAAGUCUUUUCGAAACUCUUUGAAAGCGCAGUGAUAGAAAACGAUAUAUCAAAAAGUAUACAAAGGUAUCAGUUUGCUUUACAACAGGCGAGGCAAAAACUAGACUUGGCUUUCGCCCUCGGUUGUUGGUUGAGCCCAUCGUAUCUUGUGAUAAAUGACGACACUUCAAUCGCUGGUUAUAAUAACAAAUUACAAAAAGCCACUACUGAUAUGAAAUUGGGGCUAAAUCCAAUAAAUAACGAGAUAAAAACGAUCCCAAAACAUAAUAUGGGUCAUUCAAAGAUUUUGUUACCUCAUACCGAGUCAGUCACGGCUCACAAACCGAAACCUGAAGCGAAAACAAACCCAAAGCCGGACGUGACUAAACCCUUGAACACGCAGCACGAAAAUAACCUUGUCAUGAUCACAGUCUUCACGGCUGGUUUGGCUUGGUAUCUAUUCCGGUAGCAUGUGAGAUGCACGUGUACGGAUGUGACGUAUUGCAAUAAAACAAUACCUGUUCACGUGCUAAACAAUAGACCGCAUACCAGAUCUCCCUAACAACCACGAACUCUCGAUGUAGACACAAAACCUAUUUUCAGAACCGCUCGUUGUUAGGGUGAUUAGGAAUGUAUGUGUUUUGUAACGUGAGACGCGUUACAAAACUGAGUGGGUCAAUGUUAAUUUCUGUUACACGUUCUGCAAUGAUGCUUUUGUCUAUCGUGUUCGCAUAUUUGAGACCCUCCGCAUAACUUACAAAAGGGUCUCUGUUUGCCGUGUUCACACAUCCCUUUCCCCUUGCAGUCUUUACAGACAUAUCUUGCUCGUCUGUGCUCGCAAAUGCUACCGCCGUUACAUUCUCUGCACCGCGUUUUUCUCCGGUUGUGAGGGCAGAUUUGCGAUCCGUGACAAUCUUUACAAUAAUAUUUCACUCUGCCAUGAAGACACUUAUAAUCCGUUGUUCGCUUUACGGGGGAUACUUUCGGGUCCUUCACCGUUUGGUUCUCCAUUUCUAUCAAACCGGUCAUGUCCUUAAAUCACUUUUCAAUCCAACACGCGAUACCCGCCUUCUAGCCGGUUGGUAGUAUGAGGUGUUAAAAUCCAAUCUACGAACGGUAAACUAUCCCAUCUUGACCGUUCGAACGUCUCACAUCGCGUCCCUAACCUUUCCUCUUCUGCCCACAUCAUAAGAUACAUCUGGUAGUCCAACUCGCGAACGAGAUCUCUAUCAACCACAAAGGUUUUACCUCUAAGAAACGAGGCGAAUACAUCACCACCCUCGUCAAUCAACGGGAAGAUUUCACGUCGCGUCUCGGUAUCAUUCUCACCACCAAACAGUCUGAGAUCGAGCACAGGAUGGGUUCUUCGAGACUACCCGAUGGUGGUGGUGGUUGCUCUUCAACCAUACGUUUAACCGUUUGUUCCUCCAUUUUAUUAAACUGUUCAUGUCUUUAA